AUGGACUCUCCUGGUCACUGUGCAAAUGUUUGCACCUACACCACUAUUGAGCAGUUGUCGAGAGACAUUGUUUACAUUGACUCCAUAGACAAGAGGAUGGUUGGUAGGAACUCUGUGAUCAUGGAGAAGGAGUGUUUUUGCCGCGCCAUGGAAGCUUUGCUACCUGACUUGCAGAUAAAAGAGGUGGUCACUGAUGCUCACCCACAGAUUACCGCUUUGCUUCGUAAGGACAACAUAACCUAUUCGAGAGAGCAGUGUACCAAGGAGAGCAGAGGACCAGGUAGAGCAGAGAACCAGUGGAGAGCAGAGGACCAGUGGAGAGCAGAGUACCAGUGGAGAGCAGAGUACCAGUGGAGAGCAGAGGACCAGUGGAGAGCAGAGGACCAGUGGAGAGCAGAGGACCAGUGGAGAGCAGAGAACCAGUGGAGAGCAGAGGACCAGUGGAGAGCAGAGUACCAGUGGAGAGCAGAGGACCAGUGGAGAGCAGAGGACCAGUGGAGAGCAGAGGACCAGUGGAGAGCAGAGGACCUGUGGAGAGCAGAGGACCAGUGGAGAGCAGAGGACCAGUGGAGAGCAGAGGAUCAGCGGAGAGCACAAGACCAGUGGAGAGCAGAAGACCAGGAGAGAGCAGAGGACCUGGGAGAGCAGGGGACCAGCGGUAGCAAGAGAUCAGGGGAGAACAGGCUGACCAGGCAUGACGGAAGCCAAGUAACUGAGUGGAAAAGUUAA